GGCAGCAGCAGAGGCGGGUUGGGAAGCGCCUUCCUACCAAUUCUUGGAGUUGCCUGUUCAGCAGCGCCCGCCAGGAAAGCAGCACCCGCAGCAGCAGCAGCUGUGGCGGCUGCAUGAGCUGCAGAAGCAGCCGCAGCCACAGCAAGGGGAGGAGGAGACCCAGCAGCUGCCCCCGCAGGCCCCACUGCACCCGAGCAGCGAGCAGGCAGCACUGCAGCAGCCGAAGAGGCGCCUGCAGCAGCCGCGGCCCCCCCAGGACGGCCAACAACGGCAGCACGAGCCAUUGCGGCCCCAGCAACAGCCCUCACAGCAGAGGUCCCAGCAGCAACAACGCUCUCCAGCUGCUCCUAGGCAACCCAACCGCACCCCCCAGCUGCAGCAGCAAGGGGUGCAGCCCAGAUCGGCUACGGGUACGGCGGCACCGCCAACCGCUGUCUACCCCUCGGCCUCUCCCUCCUCCCCGCGGCAGCGCUACGACUACCGGUUGCGGCUGCACCCGGGCAAGCCGGUUGCGACGCUGGCGGGGGUGCUAAUAAAGUCGCUGCACCGGCACUGUGUGGUGCUGAGCGAGGUGAGCUGCCCUGAGCACCUGUACCACGCCAUCAAGGUGAUUGCAACCGCACGGGCCAUCUGGCAGCAGCAGCGGCAGGGACAAGGGCACGUGCAGGGGCAGCAGGGACAAGAACAGCCGCAUACUGGCCAACAAGUGGGUAGCACGGCAGGUCAGGGAAGUAGCAACAACACAAGGGCGAAACAGCAGCAGACCCAACGGCAGCACCACCAGGGUCGAGGCAGGCCGCCCGCUGCGGCCACCGCAGCGGCUAGCCCCGGCGGGGCUGAGGGCAGCGGCGGCUCCCUCAGCGCCCCCGGCGCCGACAUCGCGCUGCAGGUGCUGCUGCCCAAGCAGCCUUACAUACGACCCCGGCGGGAUGACCUCGGCGGCGUGAGUGCUCCUGGCAUGGUGAGGUUGAGCACCGGCGGCCGUGGCGGCGGUGCUGCUGCUGCAGAUGGUUGUGCCUCCGGGAUGGAGGAUGAUGACGGCGGCAGCGGCGGCGGCAGCAGGCAGCGCUGGCACCACGGGUGGCAACAGCAGCAGAGCCGGCAGCAGGAUGACAGCCGUGUCUGGCGCCUGUACUCGCAUGCCGUUGUGUUGCCGGCUGGGUACGAUGAGAGUAUCAAACAUGCUGAAGCCGCUAGCUGCUCUGCUGCUGGUUCUGCAAGGACGGCAGCAGCAGCAGCAGCAGGAGGAGGAGGAAGGGAUCUCGUACAAGUGAUGUACGUGCGCAGUAUGAGUACGCCGCGGGAGGUGGCGGCGCAGCUUGGUCCAGCGGUGGUGCGGGAGGGGGCGGUGGUGCUGCUGGCGGCGGGCCGGGAUGCGGU